AUGGAACCAAUUAAAAACGCUCUGUCACAAGCUGGUGAUUUAGUGCAACAAGUUGCACAUACAGUUGUUGAUGCAAUUCGUGGUACAGACAAUGAACAGGCAUCGAAAGACAACGAUGAUAAACCGAAAACUGAGCAGAAUAUUGAUAGUAAGCAAAAAAAAUUCGAUAAGGAACAAGAUAGCUCCAUCCAAAAAAGUGAAAUCACAACGCCACCUGGUGGUUAUCAAGAUUCUGCACAACAAAGUGAUGCAAAAGUCCUGGCAACAUCAUGGCCUGAUCUAGUCGGUAAAUCACGUCAUGAUGCCGAAGAAUACAUUAAAGCUAGAGGCUAUUCGAAUAUCAAGGUUAUGAAAAAAGGCACAUCAUCAACCACGGAGCAUGAUGAAUCACGGGUGAUUUUAUUUGUUGACGAUAAUGAUGUUAUCGUUGAAGAGCCCAAAGUUGGUUAA